UGAGGACCGAUAUCAAUGGCAGUCUCCUCCAGCUCCACCUUUACUGUCAUUCCUAACCCGAAGUUUAAAAAGAGUAAGCGACGCCUUGCAGUAGCCACAGCUGAGGAGAGACAAGCACGUGCAUCAACUUUGGGUCAUUUCAAAGUUUUGCCUAUAGAGAUCUUUCACAUUUUAUUACAGUAUCUAUCAGUUAAAGAUAUUAGCAUUAUGAGCAUGGUCUCUAAAGCCAUCAGUGGGCAGCUUAUUAGCUACAUCUCUUCACCAACAGGAAAUCGUCGACUGCUCUGCCAGGACUUCCACUCUGCUGGUUUUGUAGAGGGAAGGAGAGAGGCUCCAAUAUUGGAACAUUACAGAACUUUAGGUUUAUUGUUUAAGAGGUGUACACUACUACUACCCACCAGAGAGAGGCUCAAGUUCAUUCAUAAGAUUAUUUCAGAAAUUUCUUGUUUUAAAUUGUGUGGCUGUCCAUCGCCAUCUCAGUGUCUCGGCCUGUUUUGCUACGGUGCAUUUUUAAAGAUUCUAACUGCUGGCUGGGAUGAGCUGGAGUGUCACAGAGUCUACAUUUUUCUUUGUGAUUUGACCAAUCUACCUCGAAAGAUGCAAAGUGUGGUUAGCAGCAAGCCAGGGUCAUCAUAUAAGCUGGAGCUUCGUGUGCGUCUUUUUUGCCGACAUGUUCUACUGGAUCAUUGGACCCACCGCACUGAUUCUGCUUUUUGGCUUACAAGACUACUGAAGCCAUGGCCAAUGGUAAACCAGGCUCGUCUACUUUACAUUCUUUUUGGCCCAGUCUCUACAAUAGAUGGACAUAUAUCAUGGCUGAAGAUGACAGAAGGAUUGGCUGAUGAGAACAGUCUUAAGGGACUAGCUGACGCCAUCAAACUUCUUUAUGACACAGAGUCCAAAGAGUGGACGGCCGAUGAUGUUAUCAGUCUGGUGGAUGAGCUGUCAGUGGUCCCUCAUGAAUGGCUACUAGAAAACAAUGCCCGCCUUCUCAUCUUAAGUGGAAACAGUAUCUGUUUCACCUUCAUGGCCAGCAAAGCAGUGAAUGGACGGACAGCAGACCUAGGCAGAAUGGUGGUCUUUCUUGCGCUGGUUUGUGAAAAGGAUUUGUACUGCAUGGAUUGGGCCGUGAAAAUGAUGCAGAGAAUUUGUAAAGUUUUCAGCACUCAACAAGAGAGAAAAACCUUCCUGCAGAAUGUGGAAAACUCUUUUGCUCGCGUUAUCAUGGAUUUGCUGCAGUCAGUCAUCUCAGGAGGACACAAUGAGGAGGACAGCAGCUUUCUAAAUCUGUUCCAUCUGGUCAAUGCUCAGGCAAAUUUCCACAAGGAGAUCCUCUACUUGACACUGAAUGGCACUUCUGUCUGAGAGAAAACUUGAGAAAUCCUUGCAUGUUCUCAAGAUAAAAGUUUUUUUUAGUGUUCCGGGCAUUACUGUGAUGGUGGCAUUGCUAUGUGUACUGGACAACUAACUGUAUGACAGAAUGUAGAGACAUUUACAAAAGCAUAUGUCAGACCAGUAUUUAAUUAGCAGAGGCUAAAAUACAGAGAAUAACAUUUUAGAGGACAUCUGUCAGCAGAUUUGCACCUAUGAUGCUGGCUGAAGGCAUCUGUGUUGGUCCCAUAUUCAUAUGUGCCCGCGUUGCUGACAAAAAUUAAGUUUUAAUAUAUGCAAAUUAGCCUCAAGGAUCAACGGGGGCAUUACUGUUACACCUAAAUGCUCUGCUCUCUCUGCAACUGCUGCAACCUCUGCAAUUGAAGUCAUGGCCAGGCGUGAUGAUGUUUACACUGAUUGGCCCUGUCAAUCAAAGUGCAGAGGGCGCAGUAGUUGCAGAGAGAGCAGAGCCUCUAGGAGUAAUGGCAACGCCC